ACUCGUCUACAGGCUCUCUCGCAGUUCAGACCGUUUCUUAUUUUUCUCCGCUUUCAAUUGUCCAGCCCAAAAACAGUGAGUGCAAGUCCAACGAAAAAGGAAGAAAAAAUCUCAGCUUUAAAUUCAAACAAACAAAAAAAAAAACAAUUUCUUCAAUUAGUUCUUCAUUCAUCCAUCAUUGUUUUCUGAAUUUUUGGAACGAAAACAUUUGCGAAAAAGUUCAAAGUUCACUUGUUUUUGUUUUUUUUCAAGAGUGUCGAGCGAGUGUGACAUGACGAUCUUGACCCCGUCAUCGAGCCCCAAUAGUUCAAGCUCUUCACCUUCCGGAAUGGUUUCCGUUCACCAUCCGUCUCCGCUCUUUGCCAACCAACAUCUCCAUUUGAUGCACUUCAACGGCCUGACCAAGAACAGCAAUCAGUUCGCCAACAUGAUGGAAGACAAGGCGGCCAACAACAGGACGUCACCGAUGACGACAGUGACAUCGACCAGCUCCUCUUCUCCGCCAGUUGUUCUCCCGACCAAGCCUAAAAUCGGUUUCUCCAUCGAUUCGAUCGUGGGCACGGCCAGCGCAAGUUCCAACACACGGCCGGCCUCGUCUUCGUCUUCAUCGGCCUCCGACGGCAGCCGUUCGGCCAGCCCGCCCGACGUGGCCCUACUGCCGGCCGCUACGAACAAUCGAUUGGUGCAUCACGAAAGCGGAUUGCAAUCAGUCAGCCCUCGUCCGGGCUCGUCCGGUGGUACUCCAGUGUCCGUCCGUUCUGAGCCGGGCACUUCGCCCAUCUCGGCCCCACCUGCGCACCCGCAAAUGAUGCCCGGAUGGCCCCUACCUCACCAACAGCAGCCGCACGCUGCCAUGAGCCCGGCCUACUUCGAAGCCUUGGCCAGCAUGAGAGCUCUGUACGCCCAACAGCAGCAGCAACCGUUCCAUCCUCACAUGAUGAUGGCCGGCCCACCUCCUCCGCCCGGCGCAGGCAAUCAUCCUUGGUGGCUCUUGGCGCAGGCUCGCCAACAGCAACAGCGGCUUUUGGCCGCCGCGGCCGUUCAACGUUUCCCCGCCGGUCCCGGUGACUUGGCUGGAUUCCUACUCUCGCCCUUCCGCAAACCUAAACGUGUCAGAACGGCCUUCUCGCCCAGCCAACUGCUCAAGUUGGAGCACGCUUUCGAGAAGAAUCACUAUGUCGUCGGUGCCGAGCGCAAACAGUUGGCGCAAAAUUUGAACCUCACCGAAACUCAGGUGAAAGUCUGGUUCCAAAACCGUCGCACCAAGCACAAGCGAGUCCAGCAAGAAGGUGACGACCCAGCGCCGGGCAGCGGCGGUAAGAAAUCGGGCGGCAGCAACAACGCCGGCUCAUCCGAUCAGAUGAUGAGCGACGACGAAGACAAUUCCGACAUCGAUUUGGAAGUCUCCGACGACGAGGAUUUCCUCCACCAUCCGUCGUCGGGCAAUCACCCGCAUCACGACCGCCGCAUGAUUUACAGUUGAGUCCCUCCUCUUCUCUCACCAAUCCCAAACUGGUGUCUCCACGUCAUCAUUCCUUUUGACUUAGAUCCAUCUUUCUUUUUUCUUUUUCUUUAGUUUCCUUUUUCUUUCAUUAAAAUUUCAAAAUCUGUGCAUGCAAAUAUGUAAAGAAACAAAACAAAAGAGAAAAGGAGGGCACCGACGGGGUAGAAUGUCACCCGAUUAGUUCAUCCAAAACUCAAAGUGUUUUGGGAAUGCUGUAAUCAAGUGUGUUGUGUGUUAUCAUUUGUAAUGCGCCGUGUCAGUGUCGAGCUUAACGUUGUUCUCCCCCCCCCCCCCCCCCCUGGUUUACGUUUUCGAUGUGCUUGUGUACAUAUCCAGCCCGCGUCCUUUGUUUUUUUGUUUUGUUUUUUUUUUUUGCGCCCCACUUUGCGUUGUGUGUGAAUUUUGCCCCCCCCCCCCCUCAUCAGUCAAGAAGAUAAAAACAGAAAAAACAAAACAAAACAAUUCCAAUUUGAAAUAUAAUAUACAUAUUAUAUACAUAGAUGUAAUAAUAAUUAAUAGUUUAAAAAAAGAAAAUGAAUGAUUAUGAUCAUUUGUCCCACCAAAAUUGUAUACAAGUGCACCAAUUUCUUUCGCAUCG